AUGUCAUCAGGAGCCAUUAUGAUCUGGCUAGUUGUACUGCUAUCCCAAACUGCCAUUCUGCUGGCCCAGAAUGCUCAGGUUUUCUUUCUGCAGACAACGGUCUCAGUGGAAGAGACUAACGACUCAUCCUUCACCCUAAAUGUGCGGAAGACUGGAAAUAUUGAUACAAGUAUCACAAUACUUGUUGCUCCAAUAGAAAAUAUACAAAGUGAUUUUGGGGUUCCAUACACUCAAACUAGAGAGAUUAGUGCAGGCAACGAAGUAGAAACAUUUGGAACAACAUGGAACAUUAGAAAUGAUGAUAUUCCUGAAGGCGAUGAAGUGUUUAUCUUCGAACUGAGUGAUUUGUCUGGCAGUGAGCAAGUGGUUAUAAGUCAAGCCAUUGUCAGAGUUACAAUACUAGCUAAUGAUGAUGCAUAUGGCAUUAUCGGUUUUUCUUCAAUUGGACCAUUGCUAUUUGUUGAAGAUCCAUUCGAGGAAACCAUUGUCGAUAUUUCUUGUUCUCGGACACGUGGGACCUUUUCAGCGGUGUCAGCAACUUUUGAG